GAAAAACCAUUUUUAUGGGUCACUUAUCUUCAUUACUUAGAAAAAAUUGGAUUUUAUGGAAAAGAAGUUGGGUUUGCUCUUUACUUGAAUUGGUAAUACCAUUGUUUUUGAUACUUGCAUUAGGAGGAAUAAGGUAAUUCUUUAUUAAAUGUAAGGUCGGCUGUUGAAAAAGAGGAUGUUUCAGAGGCUAACUUUUAUGAUCCUAAAAAUUUGAAAGAUUGGAAGACUCCACCCUUUUUGGUUUAAAUAUAACCUUAUAUAAAUGAAUCAUAAAUUGAGGAAAAAUUAGUAAAAGCUGGUCUAAGAAAUAUUAGUCUUGAUAUAUCAGAAAAUCUGAAGGCAUUGAAUACUACAGCAAGACUUCGUUUGUUACCACCUAUGAAGUAAUAGAUAAAAAUUAUGUUAGGAACUGUAUAGAUAAUUAUAGAUAGGAUUAGAAAAGAUUUUGGAGAAAUGGUGAGGUAGCAUUAGGUCCAAGUGCUGAUCAUCCAAUCGUAUAGGAACUUACAUAAAUUUUUAUUAGUAAAACUUUAUAUAUUAUUAAUAGAGUAUUAUCACUAUAAUGUUAAGAUUUAUAAGAGUAGUAAGGAACUGGAUGAUUAUACAACAUCUGAUAAAUAUGGAGAUCCAAAUUAUCCAAGAGUUUGUUUUGGUGUUAUAUUUAAUGAAUCUAAAACAAAUGUUUAUGAUUAUGAAUUAAGAUUCAACUCAAGUGGUAUGAUUAAUAAUGAAGUACCUCCUACAAACUUUGUUGAAAUAGAUCCUAUUAAAUAUGAAGAUUUAGAAAAAUCUGAUUCAUAUUUAAAAUCUGGAAUGCUUACUGUUUAAAACUUCAUCGAUAAUAUAAUCAUAAGAAGAGAAGUAGCCACAGAUGCUCAGAUCACUCCAACUUACUCUUUUAGUAUAUUAUAAUCUAAUUAUUUAAGUUCACAGAAGAGAAGGAGUGAUUGAUGAUUUUGCUUAAUUUUUAAGAGGAGGAUUUGGUGUAUAUUUGAUAUUGCCAUUGAUGAUUAUAUAUUUAAGAAUGACUUAUGGUAUCAUUUAUGAAAAAGAGAAAAAGCUUAGAGAGGGAAUGAAAAUGAUGGGUUUGAACAACACAUCUUUUUAUCUGUCUUGGAUAAUUUAAUAUUUUAUCAUUUACACAUUGAUUUCAAUAUUGGCCACCCUUUUAUUGAAAGGUUUGGUCUUUAGAAACACAGAUGGAUUUAUACUAUUUAUUAAUUAUUGGCUCUUUUGUUUGGUACUAAUUUUCUAAUCAAUGUUCAUCACGUAUUUAUAAUUAUUAAAUUUAGUGUAUUUUUUACUAGAGCUUUAUUUGGAUUGAUUGUAGCUAUAGUUUGGUAUUUGCUAAUGUACAUGGUUAUAAGUUUAGUUGGAAGUGGAUAAAAUCUAGUACCUGAAGCAACUUAUUGGGGAGCAUCAGUAUCUAGUCAUGCAGGAAUGUCAUUUGCUUUUGAUGUUAUGAUUUUAUUUGAAGCUCAAGGAAGAGGAGUAUCAAUGUCUACAAUUGGAACAAAGAUUGAAAACUAUGCUGUUAAUAUGGCAUUAUCUAUGCAUAUACUAAAUAUCUUCUUUUAUUUGAUUAUGGCAAUUUAUUUAGAUCUCGUAUUUCCAAAUGAAUGGGGAAAGAAAUUACAUCCUUUGUUUUGCAUUCCUUAUUUUAAUAAACCACAUAGAAAUCAAGAACUUUUGAGAAGAAAAUCUUCACAAAUUCAUUAAGAAAGAUAUGAAGAAGUUGAAUAAGCAUUAAAAGAUUAAGAAACUAGAAAAGAGGUUUUACAAAUAUAAAAUUUAACUAAAAUAUAUCCAAGUGGUAAAUAGGCUGUAAGUAAUGUUAAUUUAACAAUGUAUGUUGGAUAGAUUUAUGCAUUACUUGGACAUAAUGGAGCAGGUAAAACAACUACUAUUUCAAUGUUAACUGGAUUAUUAGAUAUUACUUAAGGAUAAGCAACAGUUUUUGGAUUAGAUGUUGAAACAUAAAUUGAAGAGAUUAGAUCAUUUAUGGGUGUAUGUCCAUAACAUGAUAUAUUAUUUGAUAAUUUAACAGUUAAAGAACAUUUAGAAAUGUUUGCUACAUUUAAGGGAAUGAAACCUGAAGAGAUUCCAGCAGCUGUAAGAAGAAUGAUUGAAGAUGUAGAUUUAUUAGAGAAAACAGAUUAUUUAAGUAAGAAUUUAUCAGGAGGAUAAAAGAGAAGAUUAUCAGUAGCUAUGGCAUUUAUAGGAAAUUCUAAAUUAAUUUAUUUAGAUGAACCAACAUCAGGUAUGGAUACGAGUGCAAGAAGAUAUAUAUGGGAAAUGUUGAAAAAUUAUAAAGAAGAUAGAAUAAUAGUAUUAACAACUCAUUUUAUGGAUGAAGCUGAUUUCUUAGGUGAUAGAAUAGGUAUAAUGGGAGAAGGUAAAUUAUAAUGUUCAGGUAGUAGUGUCUUUUUAAAAAAUUAAUUUGGAAAUGGAUAUAAUUUAACUGUUGUAAAAGAGAGUACUUUGGCAGAAUCAGAUCCAAUAAUUGAAUUGAUUUAAAAGGUAUGUCCAGAAGCUGUGUUGAUUUCCAAAGUAUCAGCAGAGAUUCUAUUGUAAUUACCAUUAUAAGCAAUUUAGAAAUUCCCUCAACUUUUUGGUGAAUUGGAUAAAAAUCUUAAAAACUUACAUAUUUAAAGUUAUGGAAUCAGUAUUACAACAUUAGAAGAAGUAUUUUUAAAAGUGGCUCAAAUAGGAGCAGGCCAUCAUUAAGUUAAUGAACAUAUGGAGAAGGAAGAUUAGAAUUAGGCAGCUAUGUAGAUAGAUGAUUUUGAUAUCAAUUAAAUAAGAAUAAUUAGUUCUACUUAAUUGUUUUUGAAUCACACUUUAGCUUUAAUUAUAAAGAGAUCUCGUUAUUUCAAAAGAGAUCUUAGAAGUUUAUGUUGUGAAAUUUUAUUGCCUUGUUUAGUGGUCUUAUUAGGUUUGAUUUUAAUGACUAUUGAAUUUAUUACUCAACCAGAAGUUGUAUUAUUAACACCACCUUCUAAAUGUUAUUCAACUAAUAUAACCUAUCUAUGGGGAGGCAUAAAUGAUCAAAAUUUAUUUAACAAUAUUUAAAUAUAAAUGUAUGAUGAAAAAUAAUAAGUAUUUGGAGAUGCCUCUUUGAGUAACUUAGGUAAAAUAGAUCAAAAUUACUUUGAUACAGCUGAUCUAAGAACAAAUAUUGGUUGGUAUUAUUUAACAUCAAAUACAAAUAAUAAUUUCUAAUAUUACAUGUUUAUUAAUACUAUUUUCAGAGAAGGUCCUUUAGUCAUGCUUAAUUAAAUGAAUUAAGCUAUACUCAAAUAAUUAAAGGGUGAUGAUUAUGCUAUUACAGUAACGAAUUCUCCACUAAAAAGAACAUUUGAAGAAUUGUAAACUUAAAAUACAAUAUCUGGGUUUUUGGCAGCUUUAGUAUUUUCUAUGGGUAUGGCAUUCAUCCCUGCCUCAAUCAUAUCAUAUAUUGUAAAAGAGAGAGAAAUCAAUUUAAAACAUCAGCAAUUAGUUUCUGGAGUUUCUGUCAAAGCUUAUUGGUUUAGUAAUUGGUUGAUGGAUGUUGGUAAACACAUUGUACCUUCUGUGGUUUGUUGUUUAUUGAUUCUUGCAUUUGAUAUUAAUGCAAUGAUUGAAGAUGAAAAUUAUGGGUUUUCUUGGCUCAUUUUCUUUUUAUAUGGUUGGGCAAUUAUACCAUUUUGCUAUUUAUUUAGUUUUGUUUUUAGAUAACAAGGUAAUGCUAUGCUUAUAAGUUUCUUUUUACAUUUAGUUGUUGGAUCAAUCAUAAGUUUAGUAGUUUAUAUUCUGAGAUUGAUUUCCUCAACUAGAGAUAUUGCAAAAAUAUUAUAAUGGAUCUUUAGAUUUAUACCAUCAUUUUCUUUUGCUUAUGGAAUAGUCAAUUCAUGCUCAAAAGCUACUUAUAAAGUCCUUGAAGGAUGGACUGAAACUAAAAGUACAUAUGAUAUUGAGGUUGGAGGUGCAGAUCUUAUAUUCUUAGCAUUUACUGGUGUUUUAUAUGUCAUUUUAGUUUUCAUUAUUGAAUAUUUUGAAGAUAAUGGUUAAUUAUAAAAAUUAGGAUCAAGUGAAUAAAGCAUUCCUUAUAUUUAAAAACCUUUAGAUGAUGAUGUUGCUAGAGAAAAUUAACUUUGUGAAACCUACCAACCUAAUGAAAAAGCUAUUCUUGUUAAAAAACUAAGAAAAGUUUUUAUGUUAGGAGAAGGAAAACAUAAAGUGGCUGUUGAUUAAGUUUCAUUUGCUAUUGAUUAAGGAGAAGUAUUUGGUUUACUUGGAGUUAAUGGAGCUGGUAAAACUACUACUUUUAAAAUAUUAUCAGGAGAAUUAAAACCUACAUAUGGAGAAGCAUAUAUAGCUGGAAAAAGUGUUAUUGAUGAUUUAGAAGCAGCAAGAGUUAAUAUUGGUUAUUGUCCAUAAUUUGAUGCUUUAUUAGAUAAUAUAACUGUUAGGGAACAUAUUGAAUUAUUUUCUGAUAUCAAAGGAAUUCCUUAUUUCAAAAAAGAAGAUUUGGUUGAAAAAAAACUGGCAGAAAUGGAUUUGAAGAGAUUUGAAAAUAUUUAAGCUGGACAAUUAUCUGGAGGAAAUAAAAGAAAGUUAUCUGUUGCUAUUGCAAUGAUAGGAAAUCCUCCUAUUGUAUUUUUAGAUGAACCAUCUACUGGUAUGGAUCCUGAAGCUAGAAGGUUUAUGUGGAAUGUUAUUUCAAGAAUUGCUACUUAAAGAAAAUAAAGUACAAUUAUUCUUACAACUCAUUCAAUGGAAGAAGCUGAAGCAUUAUCUACUAAAAUUGCUAUUUAAGUUAAUGGUAAUUUAAGAUGCUUAGGAUCAGUAUAGCAUAUCAAAAAUAAAUUUGGAAAAGGUUAUGAAAUUGAAACCAAAUUAGAAAAACCAACCUCUAAUGAAAUCAAUGGAUUGUUAUCUAAAAUGUAAUUACCUCCAAGUUCUAGAUUAGAUUAAUAAAAAUCAAUAGAAAUUCUAACAUUAUUAGGAUAAUAAAAUUUAGAAUAAGAAAUUAACAUGAGAGGUGCUGGCUCACAUAUUUAUAAUGAUUUAAGAAAACCAAAUGGUCUCGCCAUUGAAACUUUAGCAGAAUUUAUUAUUGUUGAAGGAAUGGGUCGAGUUCUUAUGGAUUUCAUUGUUAAAUCUUAUGGAUAAUUUGAAAUUAUUGAACACUUUUAAACAUUUUAUAGAUUCAGACUUAUGGGAUCAGUAACUGUAGGAGGUUUAUUUGAAGGCUUUGAAAAAAAUGUAAUUAUUAUUUUCUAUUUUUUAGAAAAAAGCAUUAAGAAUUUCUCAAUAUUCCAUUAAACAAGCUUCAAUUGAAUAAAUCUUUAACAACUUUGCUAUCUAGGAUCAUUUAGAAAACUAAUAAUAGUAAAAUCAAUAAGUUAUCUAAAUUUAAAUUCCUCCUAACCAAUAAGAAAUGUAGAAUCUAAGAAAAUGA